CGAUAUGAUGCGCGAAUAAAGUAGUAAAGUAUUUCGUUGCCAUUGCACGGCCAAGAUACGUUUAAUUUAUUCUACACUGCUAUUCAUACUCAUCGAGGAAACAUGGGUGACUUCUCGGAUGAGCUCCGACCCGCAGAACCGCAAGGACCAGGUAUCCUCGCCAAAGAACGCAGCAGAUCCAACAUCAAUGUCGAUAAGCUCGCGCGGCAUCUGUUGCAUCGCGACGGCUUCCUUGAAAGACAGGAGAGGAUUCUCAAGAUCAUCGAGAACCGGCCGUACUUUUCGAAACGGAAUCAGCUCAAUCUUGCCCGACCCGACCGUUAUCAUCUGUCACUAGCUCGUUCUAAGGAGUUGCGCCGUCUCGCUCUAGAGCACAAUUGGGACUCCGAGGACUAUGGGAUGGCUUCGCGUCUGGUGGGCGAAGUGUCGCCAUAUGCAAUUCAUACUGUCAUGUUUAUGACCUCGAUCCGCGAGCAGGCGGACGAAGAGCAAUACAAUGAAUGGUGGCCACGCACGCAAAGCUGGGAAAUAAUUGGUUGCUACGGGCAAACAGAGCUAGGUCACGGUAGCAAUGUCCGGGGAAUCGAGACCAUUGCGAAAUACAAUUCAGAGACUAAGGACUUCACGAUACACAGCCCAACGCUGACUGCGGCAAAAUGGUGGAAUGGGUCCCUUGGACGAACCGCAAACCAUGCCAUUAUUGUUGCCCAGCUUCUAUUACCUGAUAGAAACGGAAGAUAUAAGUCCUAUGGUCCACAUCAAUUCGUCGCUCAAAUCAGAGAUAUGAAGACGAACAAGCCUCUCGAGGGUAUCGUCAUUGGCGACAUUGGCGCUAAAGUCGGCUACGCUGGCAUGGACAACGGCUACAUGCUCUUCAAGAACUUCAAGAUCCCUCACAAGGCUUUGCUCUCCAAGUACACACGCGUCACCAUCGAUGGCACUUAUAUCCAACCUGCAAACCCUGCCAUCGUCUAUGGAAGCAUGACUUUUGUCCGUGCAAGCAUUAUCAUGAAUGCACGAAUGACACUUGCGAGAGCGACUACGAUCGCUGUUCGAUACUUAUCUAUUCGACAUCAGUUUGUGGAUCGAGAUGAACCAGAUAAACCGGAGCGAGCCGUGCUGGACUAUCCUUCUGUGCAAAUCAGAAUUCUGCCUCUCGUAGCUGCGACAUAUGCUUUGCACUACACUGGCGAGGCGAUGUCCAGCCUAUAUUGGGAGACCCGUGCCGACAUCGAGAAGAAUGGCGACCUGUCUCGUCUUGCCGAGCUGCAUGCAGCUUCUUCCGGUCUUAAGGCAGCGUGCACAAUUAUCACGGCCGACGGAAGUGAGAUCUGUCGACGAGCACUUGGCGGUCAUGGCUUCAGUGGCGCAAGUGGCAUGAUCCCGCUCAAUACCGAUAAUCUCGACAGUCCAACUGUGGAAGGUGACAGUUGGAUGAUCUCUCAGCAGACUGCCGCAUAUCUCCUGAAGCGCAUGACCUCAGCAGUUAGUGGAAAGAGCUCAGAGCCAAUGGAUAGUCAAUUCAUUGCUUAUUUGAAGGAUCGCAGCUCUGUAGCUAACUACGACAUCUACGACAAGGAGGAAGACAUCGUCCGUGCCUUCAAGGACCGUGUCUCAUAUUUGUCGUACAAGCUAUACGAGCGACGCAUUGUCCAGAAGCAUUCGUGGACAGAUCUUAUGGUCGAAUUGCAUCGCCUUGCAAUCGUGCACUCGGAAGCCAUCUUGGUGGAGAACUUCUACGAAGCAGUUUUCAAGGGUAACAUCACUCCUGCGGUUGAGGGGACCGCGAUCCCGGUCUUGCAGGAUCUGUUUAGGCUCUUCUCUCUGACGACCAUCGAUAGCCGGACCACUGAGUUCCUGUUGUCGGGUGGUCUUUCAGUGCAGCAGCUCCAGGCAUUGACGCCCACCAUCCUCGAGCUGAUGAAGAAAAUCAGGCCGCAUGCUGUGAAACUGGUCGAUGCAUGGUCCAUCCCAGAUUAUCUGCUUGACAGCGCGCUAGGCAGGCAAGAUGGGGAUGUCUAUAAUGCAAUGUGGAGGAGGGCACAUUUAGAGAAUCCUCUCAAUAUACAAACAUUCAACCCAGACUUUAGGACGGAGGAGAUUGUUAUUGGAGAGGGUGCGGAGAACGCAAGGAAGAGAGUGGAGAAGUUGGCACUAGGUGUAUAUGGGCACGAACAACGGGAUUGUGAACGAUCGAAGCUUUGAGAUUCGUGAGGUGGUUACAGAUGCCUGGAUCUCGCAGCAUUUUGAAGCGCUUUCUCCUGUUGUUCGUCCGAACCUACAUUGACGUGUGAGUUACAACGUUAUAGGGCUAGCGAUUCUUCAUUCCCAAAAUUGCCCAUUAUUCUCCAC